AUGAAGUCUUUGUUAUUAUAUGUCGCGAUUAAGAUAAUUUCAGUGACUUCAAAUUACAAUCACGCUGAUCCUUCAAAUGACCAGACUGAUGAAACGAGCAAUUUCAAAGAAUUACACAAAAACAUAGAUUAUAAAAAUUAUCGUUAUUUCGAUGAAACAAAUAUACCGAUAGAAAAAUACAUUUUAAAUAAUAAUAAUUUUCAACCAAACAAUGGAGGUACAAGAGUAAUUAGAUAUUCUAUUAAAAAAAUACCUUUGGGCGAGGAAAAUAUCGUUACAAAUUAUAAUAAUGAAGCAGAAUUUAAAAAAUAUGUAUUAAAUGAUCCCAAUGAAGUACACAUUGAUGGUUAUAAUGGAGAACAAAAUAAAAUUAAAACUACUUAUUUUUGGCCAGAUAGUCAAUCUGUAAGGGACAAUAAACAAGUUAUACCACUAUCACUAGACCAAGAACGAAAUAUUGAUAUUUCUAAAAUGCAAACCUUAUCUGAAAAGGACAUAAUUAAUAGACCACCUCUAGCAAAACAUUGGGGGGCGAAUGAAGACAUGAGGAAUCUUUUUAAGCUUGCAGAAAUUCGUAAAGUGCACGAACAAGAACCAACUCUCUAUACUGAAAAUGAUUUAGUCAGUGAUUUGAAAACGGGCCCGGAUCGAUCUCAGGAAAACAGAAAUAUAUCAGCAAUAUCAUAUUUAGUAAAUCUAAAUGGACAGAAUCGAAACAGUUCAAAAAUAUAUGGAGACUACAGAACAGCCACUCAACGUCUGCGGAAAUCUUAUCCCUGGUAUAAGGUGUUGCUUGAAUCAAAAGCAAAUCAACAACGUUUAAAAGGGAACCAUGAAGAUGUUAAUAUAUUACAACGAGAAGUAUCACAUGAACAACCAAAAGGCUAUAUAACCCCAUAUGAAAUGGCAAAAUUGUAUGAAUCUAUGUCAAAAAUGAAAAAUGGCCCAGAAUAUAAAAUAGACUUACAAAAAGAUGAAAAGAACGAACUUCUAUCAAACCUCAAUACAAAGCGCGAUAAAGUUUCAGACACCCUCAGUUCGCAAAAGGUUCAAUCGAAUUUACAACUUAGUAAUCAACCUUUAGCAAAAGAGUUUAUAUCACAAGAAAAAGAAAAAUUACAUAAAGUCCAACUACAAGUAAAAACUGAUCCAGAAUCAAAUUUACAACUCGAAAAACAAAAUGAAAUUCUAUCACAUGACAAUCAAGAUAUUAAAAAAGUAUAUGAAACUGACUCUAACUCUUUCCUCCAGUCAAAUGAUGUCUUAAAAUCUAAUAACAAAUCAGUUCAAUAUUACCAUAAAACUCCAUUAGAGCAUCACGACGAGGAUGAGCAUGAGCACAUACUGAACAAAAAUUUUUAUAAACAAUAUUUAAAAAUUUAUUUGAACCAAGUGUUUUCAAAAGUGUCAGUUACAAUAGGACACAUACAAAAGUUGCUAAAUCUAGACAUGCCUAAUAUAAUUUAUAAGACUUUGCGAGAAUAUGCACACUUGUCUUUGUCAAUGUUUGACGUAUUAGCAGAAAUCGACGAAUACUACGGUUUAAUAAAUCACCGCUCACAUCGAGAUUUUCUCACAACGUUUAGAAGAAAAAUAAUUGAAGACUACAAACAUGACAAUGGCAACAAAUAUACGGAAAACUUAGUUAAUUUGAUAAAAAAAUACGAGUCUGUGGACAUUGAAGUGAAAAGACACCCAAAACAUGUAUUCGAUGUCAACACUGAUGAAACUGAUAUCCAAAGUCAACCCUCAACGAAAACAGAAUCUAACGAGCAACUAAAAGAACAGAAUGUGAUAAUAUCGAAUGACAAUAGUAAACCCAAUGAAUUGAAUAAUAAAACUCCAUUAGAGCAUCGCGAUGACGAUGAGCAAAAGUUGAAUAGAAUAGCUUAUAAAAAAUAUCUAAAAAUCUACUUGAACCAAGUGUUUUCAAAAGUAUCGCUGAAAAUAGAUUUCAUACAAAAACUGUUAAGCUACGACGGUCUUAAUUCUUACGAGAUAUUGAAAGAGUAUGCACAACUGUCUACAAGAAUGUUUAACGCGUUAGAAAAAAUGGACACGUACUAUAGUUUAAUAAAUCGCCGAUCUACACAAGACUUUCUUGCAACAUUGAGAACUAAUAUAAUCGAAGACGACCAACCCAACAUUGGCCACAUAACUGCAGAAAAUAUUAUCUAUUUAACGAAAAAAUACAACUCCCAGAUAUCAAAAGAAGAAAAGGACCUAGGAUUUGUAACAUACUUACAACACGAAAAUACAAAUUCUCUAUUAAACGUUACUACAGACGAUUCAAAACGCGAUGAAGUUGAACCUGAUUUUGAACUCGGCAACCAACCUCAAGCAAGUGAGAGCAUGCCAUACGUAGUAGAAAAAUUAGAUACAUUCAAACAGGAAGUGAAAAAGGACCACAAAUCUGACGUGCAACUUAAUGAUCAGACUGAACUUCUGCCACUAGAUACUACAGAUAUUAAAAAAAUAUAUGGCUCUGAUGAUAGACCCCAGUCAAAUGGAAAUUUUAUAUUAAAAUCUUUUGAUGAAAAAUGGAACCACGUACCAAACUAUAACAAAUCAACUGAAUUUAAUGAUAAAAUAAUUUAUUUCCAUAAGCUAUAUCAUAAAAUGUAUUUGAACAAGGAGCUCUUAAAUAUAAAAAGGAGAAUAGAAUUGAUGCAAAUGCUGUUGACCCUUGACGAGCUAAAUUUAUAUGAUCUAUUGAAAGAAUAUACACAAAUCCCAACAACAGUGGUAGACUUAUUAACUGAAAUCGCUGAAUACCAUCGUUUAAAAAAUCACAUUAUACUUCAAGAUUUAAUCUCAAUUAUAAGGUCAAAUAUGAUCGAAGACUAUAGCCUUGAUAGCGACGACAUAAAUACGAAUAAUAUGCUUAAGUAUUUACAAAAAGACAUAUUUCCAUAUAACUUACUCAAACAUAACUUUGAAAAAAAAUUAUUUAAUUCAAAUUGCAAUAAAGAAGAUGCUGCGGAUCUUAUUAUGAGAUUUGAAUUGGAUUUAGCAAAUAAACUGAGUAGUAUAGGUUGUUCGAGAAAUUUUUAAACGCGAUGCAAUACGAGAUUACAAACAAUAGAAAAUCAGUGUAAAUUGAUUGCUUUAUCAGUUUAUUAUUUAAAUAAUAUACCUAAUAAAUCAGCAAUUAGAAGGCGGAAAAAUUUUACUUAUAAGAAUCAUUUUAUUUUAAAUCAAUAAAAUAUUUAAAAGUAAAAUCUAUUUAUUCAAUCCUAAUGAUUUUAAGAUAACAGAUUAAUUUAGCAUCCAAACAAUUAAAAUCACCUAGGUACUUCCCUGAUUAGCUCUAUAAAUUAAGUAUUUGAUGAAAAGCCAAUUUUCAUUUACUAUACUGAGUGUGUAGUAAAUGAAAAUUGAGUAUUAC